AUGACAGACUCAAAAGAAGCCCUUCUGUCCCACGUGAAAGACUACGACACCUCCGACUCCGACGCACCCCCAGCCUACGACAAACCCGCCCCGAAAGCUCCCCGCGGUGCACCACUCCCACGCCCACCACCCCUCAACCUCCCAGCCCUAAACAGCCUCCGCAGCCAGCGCGUAGUCCUGGCCUCACAAUCCCCGCGACGCAAACAAAUAAUCUCAUUCCUGGGCCUCCCGAACCUAGAAAUCAUCCCCUCAAACGCCAUCGAAGACCUACCCAAAAGCCUAGGCCCAUUCGAGUACGUGCUCGCAACAGCAACGAAAAAAGCCCAAGCAGUCUACGAGCAAGAAGUCAACAACGAGAUCAAGGGCGAGCCAGCCUUAAUCCUAGCCGCAGACACGGUCGUCGUCGACCCGUCUACCGGUACCAUCCUCGAAAAGCCACGCUCAGAAGCUCACCAUGUCAACAUGUUGCGCUCGCUGCGCGAUGCCCGAAACCACAAGGUUUACACUGCGAUUGUGGCUAUGGCGCCGUUGGCUAGUGCCCGUGACCCUGGGUAUGCGAUCGAGAGUACGGUUGAGGAGACGUCAGUGCGGUUUGAUGGGGAUGUUACCGAUGAGUUGAUUUUGGCUUAUGUGCGGACCCGUGAGGGCGCGGAUAAGGCUGGUGGUUAUGGGUUGCAGGGACUUGGAUCUAUUCUUAUUGAGAAGAUUGAUGGGAGUUAUGAUAACGUUAUUGGCUUGCCGCUCAAGGCGACACUCAAGAUUAUGGAGACUGUUAUGCAGAGGGCGGAUGAUGAUGAGGGGUUGCCUGGGGAUGGUGAGCCGAGUGAUGAGGAUGAAUGA